UUUGGACAGCCGCAAAAAAAGGAGUCCACCUGGUUAAGCCGAAGUCAGAAAACCCCCCCCCUUUAAAAAACCAACAGAAAGCCAUACCACCUCAAGAUGGUCUACCUCAAACAAUCGAUGGCCUCACUUCAUGGCUCGUUUCACUGGAAGAAAGGCAUAUCCCUAGCAUUGUCGACAAGACCUAUCUUGACUUCCCGAUUUCUGUCGAUUGCAAUCAAUCAACCCAAGCCUUCAAAUGGGAAACUGUUUCGGUCAGCGGACGAGGCCAUAGUGGAUAUCAAGAGUAACUCGUUGAUUGCCUCUUCUGGAUUUGGUUUGUGUGGUGCACCCGAUACUUUGAUUCAAGCGGUGGCUCGGCGACCUGAAAUCAAGAACCUUACGGUCAUUUCUAAUAACGCUGGAGUUGAUAAAGCUGGAUUGGGUCUCAUACUUCACACUCGUCAAGUCUCCAAGCUGAUUGGUAGUUACAUCGGAGCCAACAAACUUCUUGAAAAUCUUUACUUGACCGGUCAAAUCUCCUUAGAACUAACCCCUCAAGGUACCCUGGCAGAAAAAUGUAGAGCUGGAGCUGCCGGAAUCCCUGCUUUUUAUACUCCAACAGGCUAUGGAACGCCGGUCCAGACCGGGUUGAUACCCAUCCGAUACAGUGCUCAAGAUCCUUCAAAGGUAGAGAUUCCCGGAGAGAAACGAGAAGUGCGUGAAUUUGAUGGCAAGCAAUAUUUAUUGGAACGAGCGAUCAAAGCGGACUAUGCAUUUGUGCACGUCUGGAAAGCCGACAGGUUUGGGAACUGUGUGUUCCGUUAUUCGGCACAAAACUUUGGUGGGGUGAUGGCACGAAACGCUAAGGUGACGAUAGUCGAAGCAGAAGAGAUCGUCGAGCCUGGUGAAAUAGAUCCCGAUCAGGUCCAUUUACCUGGCAUCUUUGUCAAUCGAAUCGUACCGGCUACAGCUAAAAAACAGAUUGAAAAGAUUGUCUUGAGAUCUGGAUCUCAAGACCAAUCUCCCACUGGUUCAUCCAACAAGAGCGAAUCUAGCACAAAGAGUGAUGACCCUAAAGUGGCUGCAAAACUUAAGCGUGAAUUGAUUGCUGGUCGGGCCGCUCAAGAAUUGCAGGAUGGGAUGUACGUCAAUCUAGGGAUUGGGAUGCCCAUGUUGGUUCCUGAAUUUCUCAAACCGGGUACAAAUGUCCACUUACAGAGUGAGAAUGGAAUCAUCGGGAUGGGGCCAUACCCAUCGGCCGAGGAAGUUGAUGGUGACAUAGUUAAUGCAGGGAAGGAAACGGUGACCCUUCUACCGGGUGCUUCGACAUUUGAUUCGAGUGAAUCGUUCGCGAUGAUCAGGGGAGGGCAUGUGGAUGUGUCGAUUUUAGGCGCGAUGCAAGUUUCACGAUCCGGCGACCUGGCCAACUUCAUGAUUCCGGGCAAGAGUGUCAAGGGCAUGGGUGGGGCGAUGGAUCUGGUGUCGAAUCCCGACUCGACAAAGGUCAUGAUCGUCAUGGAUCACUGCGAUAAACAUGGCGUUAGUAAACUCGUGAACGAUUGUCAAUUGCCUCUGACUGGGACUCGUUGUGUCAGUCAGGUGAUCACUGACCUCGCUGUAUUUGAUAUUGAUCGAAACGCUGGGAAAAUGACUUUGGUAGACUUACAACCCGGGGUAACAUUACAAGAGGUUAAAGAUAAAACUGACGCCGAGUUUGAGAUUGGCGGUAAACUCAAGUCCUAAUGACAUUGUGUUCCUUUUCUUGAUGUUUUAAAUUCUUGAAAAUCUUUGCUACUAUGAAAAUCUUCUUUGCUACAAAUUUUGUUGUUCAUUUAUUUUAGAAAAUCCAAGUUACAUAAAACUAGCACUGUACAAGAACAACAAUCAAGCACCCUUCCUUAUACAUUUUUUUGGCUCCACAUAAAGAAUAUAGAUGGAUGCCUGCUCAUAUAGCCAAUACUGGUUGUUGCAAUGAACUAGGCCAGACAGUGAGUUAGUG